ACCUCACCCAGUAAAUGUUUCUGGUGUGCGAUGCUGAGAAGAUUUGCAUCAUGCGUUUUAUGGUUGUUGUGCUAUUCACGUUGGGACUUCACUCUGUGUGCUGUAACCCAUGCCCCACAAGUUGUUCGUGUAAUAAAGAAGGGGCAGUUGAAUGCAGAGGGAAUAUAAUGGAUAUACCCAAGCCUUUGUCAGUCCAUACUUACCUGCUAAUACUGCAGGAAACAAAUAUCAAGGUCCUUAAUAAUCAAGUCCUUCAGCCUCUCAUUCUUCUCCUCCGUCUGAGCAUCGCUCACAGCAUUCUGGACACCAUACAGCCAGAGGCCUUUAACGUGGCUCCACAGCUUGUGUCUGUCAAGCUAUCAUCUAACCGUCUCUCGAGCUUACCACCCGGGGUGUUCCAGAGCCUAACUAAUCUUGAGCAACUGCACUUGGAUGGAAAUCAGAUCACGUCAGUUUCACCUGAACUUUUCAAAGGCCUUGGGAACCUGACCGAGCUGGACUUGAGUAUGAAUAGAAUCUCACAGCUGGAUAACAACGUGUUCCAGAACCUCCACAGGCUGCGCUUCUUAAACCUUGGGAGGAACUCACUCACACAGUUGCCUCCCAACUUGUUUCAUGCCCUCCCAUACCUCCAGUUUCUAAUCCUAUACAAUAACCAGUUGGAGUCGCUCCACCCCGGUGCCUUUGAUUACCUCAAUAACCUCCUGGAGCUCAAGCUCCACAACAAUGAAAUCAGUAGUAUCCCCCCUCAGCUCUUCUGGCAUAUGGCAUACCUGCAGACAUUGACUUUGUCUGGAAAUCAGCUUCAGACCCUUCCAGAGGAGAGCCUGUACCACCUGCCUCACAUGCAGAAGUUAACGCUGUACAAUAACCCCUUGGAUUUCCUACCAGAACGAUUGGUUGGCAUCAUGACAAAUCUUAAGGAAUUGUACUUGUAUAGUACAUCACUCACCACCGUCCCAUGGAACCUGUUUGCCAACAUGACUGGGCUAUUACGCCUUAAUCUCCAUUUGAAUGACAAGUUGAACUCCUUACCUGAGAACCUCUUCUGCUGUAAUCCCAAUCUCAUAAAGCUGUCUUUGAAGUUAAAUCAACUAAAGAGCUUGCAUCCCCAACAGUUCAGUCAUCUCCCUAACCUUAAAACACUUCUACUAAACAACAAUAAUCUCCUGUCUCUCCCUGAAGGAAUCUUUCAUGAAUUGGAAAACAUUGAGGUGAUUGAGUUGCACAAAAACCAGCUCCAGACUCUACCUGGAGAUGUGUUUGCCAUUUCAAAUUUUACACACACUCUCAAAAACAUUACACUCGCUGACAACCCAUGGAACUGUUCAUGUAGUAUCAUGGGUUUCUCAACAUGGAUUAGAAAUAACCCCAGUCUGGUCAGUGACAAAGAACCAGUAAGAUGCCAGGAACCUCUCCACUUGCAGAAUGUCACUCUGGGGUCCCUGAGUCAAGGUUAUCUUUUAUGUGAACCAACUACGAAAGUGAUGACCACAGUGGUCCCCCUAACCACAGUGGUCCCCCUAACCACAGUGGUCCCACUAACCACAGUGAUGGAGCAAAAGACAGAGACCACCACAACUAUACCAACACCAGCCCCAGCAUCUGUUCAUAGGGCAUCCACAUCUGCUGCUCCAUCAAAGCUUCUUCCCAGGUUGACUUCAGAGCAUUCAACUAUCGCUCCUACAACCCCCUCAACUGCCACUCUGCUUGAUAUGCCAAUACUAGUAACAAACUCAGUUCAUCUCAUCCAUGCCUCCGAAGAGAAUGGAGCUCUCCUGACAUACACACCGACCAUCUCAGACAUGAAAGGCCACCAGGUGGUCAUUGAAAACGGACCUGACAUUGUCCACAAUAACCGGCACCGGGGAUGGGUGUACCUGUGGACGGUCCCGCCCAGCGGAGCCUACAGUGACUUCCUGAUGACUAUCCAUGUCAUCAUGCUGGUGGUGGGUGUGGCAUUGAUCGUGGCCAGUGUGUACACCUUCUACCGACUGACCCAGGUGAUGUGUAGUCUGGCAUCAGACAGUGGAUGCAAGAUUCCAAUGUUAAGGGGGAAGAAAAGAAGAGAACAGAUGCUUUAAAUCAGACCAUAGCUUUAUCAGUGUUUGUUUUUCUGUGUCUUUCAGGACCUUUUUUUCUGUGUUUGUGCUUAUUUUGGUGUUAAGAUGCUUGAUUAUUUUGGGGUAUUUUCAGAAUUUGGAUAGGGUGCAUCAUAACAGUAAGGAUUAGAUCACAAUCUAAAUUUACAUCCUAAAUGAAUUUCCCCAAUGUAAUUGCUAGAAUGGCCAGAGUUGUUUUGUGCCAGAAGUCUGUAGUGCCUGAUGCUGCAAAUGCCAACUUUAAAAUGAUGCUGUCUUGUCACAUUUAUUUUAUAAUAAUGUAAUGGUUAGUUUCUUCUACAUUUAGCACAGGAUGUAUUUACAUAACCAUAUUCAAACUUAUUAUAUAGGUUUACUGCUCACUGAUUUUACAAUACAUAUUUCUCAAUGUAUUUGUAAAUAUAUUUGUAAGCAACAAAAACCUGAAUUAAUUGAUUGUUGUGUAUUAUUGAUGUAAGAAUAAAAAAUGCUAAAUGUGUUUUGUACUCUAAAAGACAUAAUUCAAUGCAGUGAAAUAACUAACUCAUUCCAGUAUUUUUCAGAAUGUACUAACUGCUUUACAAACUUUCCUUCUAAUUAAAGCCAUAGAUAUAGUACAGACAAAAUAGUCAGUGUUGCCACCUGGUGGUGAGGGACUGCACUCUCAAACAGAGAGAACAGACAUUGAAAUAUCAUCUUUUGUCAAUACAAUGACCUGUAAUAAUAUUACUAACUAUUGGAACAUAAUUGAAAUUAAAUGAAAAAAAAAAGAAUUAAUGGACUCAUUAAUGGAUUUACACAGUCAUUAUCCCCUACUAUAUCCUGAGAUAUGAGGUCUCAUGUGUUUUCCACUUGUGUGCAGGAACGUUUCAAGGGACUUCUAGGGCCUGGCAUGUUUGUGCAUGUAUACAUCAUGAGCAGAGCAAGAGAUGGAAAGUGAAGGAACUGCGAGAAAUAAAUCAAAAGUAAAAAUAAAAAAAC